UGUUAAUGAGCUUCGAGAAGCUCCGGUGACAGUUUGCGGCUAAAGGCCAAUCAGAAGCAGAGCCGAGAGCUGCAGAGACGAGAAGACGAGCGGCGUGUUGAGGUUGUGCACGCACGAGUUCUUUGACGGAAGAAGCAUUUUCUGUUUUCUUGAACUUGGCUUUUAUUUUGAUUUUGUUGUGGGGUGGAGGGGCGCGGUGGACGCGCACACUUGGAAGCUGUCACCGUCUCAGCGUGGAUUUUGUGCAAGGUAGAACUCAUGAAACCAUCUUCUUCCCGGUGUGGACGCUCUGAUGAUGUCUACGGCUCUCAUGCCUGACACUCUCAAUGGCCCCGACCCGUCCAAAUCGGCCUUUCUCGAGUUUGGACACGGCCACCCGGCUCAGCAGACGCGCUCUCCGGCGAGGCUCCCGGCUCACGUUUACCCCGUGCAAGGCUUCCACGCCGCCGGCCACCCGCAGCACGACGGCUCCUUCCCGGCCGGCGCGUCGUCCUAUGGCCGCCCUUUGGGCUACGCCUACCCCGGCGCCUCGAAUCCGCACCCCCCGUCUGCUUACAUGCACUACCAGCAGCACAACAGCAGCAACAGCAGCUUAGGCAGCCUGCACGACCGAUCGGAGCACGCAGAUCACGACAAGUCCCCCGCGCUGGACGGCAGGGACGCGCGUUUGAACGGCAAAGGGAAGAAGACCAGGAAACCCCGAACCAUCUACUCCAGCCUGCAGCUGCAGGCCCUGCACCAGCGCUUCCAGCAGACCCAGUACUUGGCCCUCCCGGAACGCGCGGACCUGGCGGCCAAACUGGGACUCACUCAGACUCAGGUGAAAAUCUGGUUUCAGAACAAGCGCUCCAAGUACAAAAAGGUCAUGAGGCACGGGAGCGGACCGGAGGGGGAACACCUGAGCAGCACCAGCUCGGCGUCGCCCUGCUCCCCCCACGGGAUGGCGCAACUUUGGGACGUGUCCGCGGCCUCCAAAGCGGCCGGCCCGGUGUACCCCAACAAUUACAUGAACCCUUUGGGCCACUGGUACCCCAACCAACAUCCCCACCACCAGGAAGCCAUGUCGAGGCACCCCAUGAUGUGAGUGGAUUCGUGGGAGGCGCGGGGUGGGGUGGGGUGGGGGGACGGGGGCGUCAUUGAAUUUUUAUCCACCAGGUCGUGUAUUUUUUGGAUUAUGCGCCAAUUUGACGCGUCAUUUGACGGGACAAAAGACACUGAAGAGGACCUUUGUAACGUGUGCGCAAUUUCUGGAUACUGUACAUUUUUAUUCUUUUUUUUUUUCAUUUUUUUGCACGAGUAUCAUCAGAGACAUUUUCCGUUGCAUUCGCUGAGUAUUAAGACGACAAGCAGAUGUCGGACGAGCCUUAUUGUGACUUUCAGUGAUGACAAACUUGGCUCCUUUUUCUUGUUCCACGUCGCGGGCGCGAGCGCGCGCGUCCGAACGGAACAAUGCAACAAAUCCGUGCGAGCUGCAAAUAAGGAUCAGAAAUCUAUUUUUGUUUUUAUUGAACGCAUAAAGAUUGGUGAACUGCUGCUAUGACUUUUGAUGAGAUGUCCCCCCCCCCCCAUAUUACUAC